UCUUAACCAACAAACAAUGGAUAUAGGCCUGUAAACAAACGCAGGGCCCACCUAGAACCCCGAAGAAAUUUCCAGAGCAAUCUGGAACAACCACCAGAGAAGUAUCAUUGUCCAACGGAAUCGGAAACCCCUAACGCAACUACCACCGCAAAAUCGAAAGCGCCACCAUUUUCAAUUCUCAAUUCAUUUGAAUCACAGUUCAAAAGCUCCAUUCGAAGCUGUGAUUCGUUAGAUUUUAUUUUCAUGGCUGCAUCGUCUUCCUCAGCAUCGCAAUCGCAUUUCACCUAUUCCAACGCCCCUACCUACUUCCCCGUUCCUUUCCACCUCCAGCAAUCCGCCGCCACACCGGCGCAUUACGCCGCUGCGGUGUACGCUGCGGCUCCCGCAGUACAAAUCCCUUCGCUUCCGGUCAUCGGCCCUGUCCCUCCGGCUCCGGUUUCUGGCGUGUACUCCUUACCGCAAUAUCCGUCGCAGCAGUUGUUUGAGAGGGAUGCGCAGAUAAUAACGCCGGAGGCGCUGGAGAGCGUGAAGGCGGCGAUUGCGAGCAGCGAGGCGGAGAACAAGGCGCAGGCGAAGAAGAAAGCAGUUCCUCGAAAAGCUGCCGGUCAAACAUGGGAGGAUCCUAUUCUUGCUGAGUGGCCCGAAGAUGAUUAUCGGCUCUUUUGUGGUGACCUUGGUAAUGAAGUGAAUGACGAUGUUCUUACCAAAGCAUUUUCACGUUUCCCUUCCUUUAACAUGGCACGGGUUGUCAGAGAUAAACGGACUGGGAAAACAAAGGGCUAUGGUUUUGUAAGCUUUGCCAGUCCUUCUGACCUUGCUGCUGCUCUUAAAGAAAUGAAUGGUAAAUAUGUUGGAAAUCGGCCGAUAAAAUUAAGCAAGAGUAAGUGGAAGGAGAGAACAGAUUUCGAGGCCCUGGAAAAACAGAAGCGCCAAACUCAUAAGAAACCGAAGCUUCCCAGGAAGGGUGUUCUUCACAAGUGAGCUAGGGCCCGAAUCUGUAAAUGAAUCAAGCUGCGUCAAGUAGAACACUCUGUAUUGGAAGCGCAUGCUUCUUCACUGAAUUUUAAUGUACCCAAACCCAAAGUAAAUAAAUCUUUAUCUUAUCCGA